AUGAAAUCCAUGAAGCACGCGGGGCCGAACGGAGGAGGGGAGGAUGCGGACACCCUUGCAUUCCUGGACAACGUCUUUGCCGGGCGUUGGAUGAGCUCCGUCGGGGAGACAGGAGAGGAAGACUUUGACAUUGGGGAGCUACAGCACAUAACCAGCCAAAAGUCGGGGGAGAAUGAGCCGGAGCCAGUCGAGCCGCAACCUCCUGUAUGUGGCGACUUUGCCAAGCACGACCUCUGGAACGUCAUGCAAGAGAGCCAGCUUGGACAGGAGCUGCGCCAGAUCUACCUUCAGAGGCAGCUGUCCUGCGACUUAUUCACCCUUGUCUUCAUGACGGGCCUGGUGAUGUGGUUGCCUGUGUGA